UACUGAUGCUAUUUUGAUAUAUCGAUGGCAGCUAAUUCACCUGGUCAUUAUAAACAGCGAUAUUUGUUCAGAAAAAUAAACGGAAAAUAUUGAUAACUGUGCGCUUACCGGCAGAGGUCAUCAUGCGACGGCUUUUUAAUAUAUUAAUUAUUAUGGGAUUUUUAAUGGUAACAAUUUCGAUAAAUAAAGAACAGGUAAUAUCGUCAAUUCUCCCACAUAGGCCAUCCACACCCAUAUGACGUUUACCAAUAUAAAAUGUGGCACAAAAGACGCCAAGUUUGCACAUUUCAAAAGCUGCUAUAUUAAAGCUGUAAACCGUACUCAUAAGUACGUGGAUGUUUAUGUAAAUCUGUACAAGUUACCGAUCGAUAAUGUAACAAUUACGUUUAAGGUUAUGCGUCAUGACCACGGCUAUAAACCAUUUUUCAUAGACUAUACCUUCGAUGGAUGCAAGUUCCUUAGAAAUCAAAAACACCCGAUUUUAAAACUGUUUUAUAAAAUUUACCAGGGCAGUUCCAACAUCAAUCACACAUGUCCGUUCGACCACGACAUAAUUGUGGAUCAUCUCUGGACGGGAAAUAUAGAAUCGGAUUUCUUGAAAUACUUGCCAAUGAUAAAUGGCGACUAUGCCCUAUUUAGCAAUUGGUCGACUGAUAAUAUUAUUCGGGCAUAUGUGAACUUAUACAUAAGAAUUACGGAAAGGUAUAACUAACUAUAUUAAUAUAUUCAAUUAUGUAUUUCAUAAUAGUUUAUCCGUGUGCGUUUAUGAAAGUGUA